CUCAAAAAUACCCGAUCGGGUAUUUUUUAUCCAAGGUCGGGGAUUUUCCCGCACGUGGUACGCUAGUUUUUGCAGCCUCCGACCGUGGCCUCCAAAAUACCCGACCGGGUAUUUUUUCUUUAUAAGCAAACCCCCGGUCAGAACUUUCUCUCUCCUCUCAUUAUUUUCCAAACUUCCCCUUUCUUCCCUCUCAUUUCCUCUCCCCUCUCUCCCGCGUGAGCACUGCCGGCCACCGGUCUGCCGCCGUCGCUGGCCGACUUUCCAGCGACUUUCCGACCACCUUCCAGCCAAUUUACGGUGACCUUCCGGCCACAUUCCGACCAUUUUCCGGCGAGCUUUUCCGACCCGUUUUGAGGGUGGUUUCGCGUCCUUCACCCUCUCCUUGAGUUUCCAGAAUCAUGUCGCUCGAUAACCCGUUCAUGCAGGAUCUGCGAGGGUGGCUGAUGGCGGUAGAGAUCUCAUUCAUGCAGUGAAGCUGCUCGAAGAACCCCCCCCCCCCCCCCCCCCCCCCCCCCCCCCGCGCUCCAAAUGGUGAUGGCACUGGAGCACUCCGUGUACACAAAGCUGGUGUGGGAGUUCUACACCACCUUCCGGUACCGCUCCAAAGAGGCCAGAGACUUCCCCACUGAUGUCACCUUCAGGUUGGGUGGCAGCCCACGUCAGAUGAGCAUCAAUGGGCUGGCCUUCUCCCUGGGGAUCCAGUACCACCCCUACUCCCGCCAUGAGGUAAAGAUCCCACAUCCGAAGGACUGGAACCAGGAUGAGUUCUACCGCCGGAUAGCUCGACGCGCCUAUGGGAUGGACUACUUCGACGCCGGCUAGACAUAUGUCUCCAUCCUCAAGCCGCAGUGGCACAUCCUCAACCUGCUGAUCACCCGCUCGAUUGUCCCCAACGCCAUUGGUUC